AUGUCACUUUAUGAUCCUUCAAAAAAAAUGUCUAAAUCUGAUCCACAAAACACUCGGAUAAAUUUAAAUGAUGCUCCAACAAUAAUCGCUGAAAAAAUUAAAAAGUCAACAUCUGAUUCCUUAAAAUGCAUCACUUAUGACCCAAUAACAAGACCGGCCAUAGCAAAUCUAAUCACCAUCUAUGCAGCUACGCAAGAAAUAACUGUUGAUCAAGUUAUAGCUGAGCAUAGUGAAAGUAAUAUUAAGACAUUUAAGGAUGCAUUAACACAAGUAUUAAUAGAGAAAUUAUCACCAAUUCAAAGGGAAAUUCAAAGAUUGAGAUCCGAGCAGGGUUAUGUGCAACAAGUAUUGAAAGAUGGCGCUGAGAAAGCUUCCAUAAUAGCAGAAAAUAAUUUAGAUGAAAUUCGUAAAGUCAUAGGAUUAAAAUAA